GGGAGGACGGGCCGGCCUGGGCGCCAAGAAGGGGGAAGGACGGAUUAAGCUGUCCGGUCUCUGACUGUUCAGUCCCAUUGGUCAGAGAUGUUAGUAGCGGGAGACACCAUUGGUCAGUGCUGAUGGGACGGACGGCCCACUGGUUGGCAUUGUUGGACUGGAUCUUCAAAAGGCCAGAGGCCCUCCACUGUCCUGGAGCUGACCAAGAAUGAGCAACGUGCAGAAUUUGCUGCUGGACUCCCUCCUGGGCACAAAGCAUGUGGACAAUGCAGCCAUCAUCAAGCUCCAUGAGCGCACUGUCUUGGUGUCCUCACCAGGGUUUAAUAUAUCACCCAGUGACAUCCGUGUACUUGUGAAUGGAUUCUCCAAGAACCCUCUUCAAGUGCGAAGGGAUGGUCUCUACUUCAGGGAGAAGGAUUACAAAUGUGUCCGAGCAGAUGAGCGCUCCCUUUACGCCAAGAAGAACAAGACGGGGCUGGUGGUUGUUCAAACCAAUCUGCACCUCCUGGUGGCCACAUAUCGGGAGGACAUGUAUGCCAGCGUGUGCGUGGAGGCCGUAGAGAAGCUGGGUGACUAUUUAAGGAAAAAGGGAAGUUAAUUCACUCAGAAGACUCUGAAAACCUCAGCUGUGUGAAGAGGAAACAACAGAUUUUGAGAAAGGGAGGGUUGGGUUAUGAAGAAUAGAUGUUGUGGUCAGGAUAAGCAGUAGGGUUAGGCUUAGUGUUAACAUCUUGGACAGUGCAGGGUUGAAGGUCAGGGUCAGGGUUGGGGUCAGGACUAGGGCUGGUGUUAUAGUUCCUGGCUUGGAGUGUCCAGGGCCAGGGCCUCCAUCCUGAAGAAAUGAGCAGCCUUUAUCCCUAGGCUUCGGGGCCUAGGGGAAAUGAACCCUUUGUUCCCCCACAACUGCAGGUCUUCCAGGCCCCAGC